AUGUCUACCAUACAAAGAAAAGGCAGCAGCCACCUAAUCAACAGUUUGCACACCUGUAGACUGAAGCUUCCAGAGGAACAGCAACAUCAAGAAAAAUCUAUCAUUGCUCAACCAAUAUUUGUCUUUGAAAAGAGAGAACAAACUUUUAAGAGACCUGCAGAAGACAUCCUGUACGAAGCAGCAGAAUGUGAAUGCAAUGAGUUUUCAAGAAAGCGUUUCCGGGCUUCAUCUUUUACUUGGCAUACUACAGAUUCUCAGAACCAAGGAGUGAAGAAAAACAAUGUUUUUAUGACAUCAAACUCUGUGCAAAGGAAUGCUGAUCUGAACAGUACAGAACAAGGUCCUGUGAAACAUUCUGAGCUUGUUCUAAGACCUGCUAUUUUGCAGCCUCCUCAAGCUCAAGGGUACAUAAAAGUGAGAAAAUCAUUUGGACACAAUGUGUUGGAAUCCUGUAAGGUUAAAGAAAAAAACAAAAGUAAGAUUUAUGAGGGGAACUCCUGUUUGCUAAGUGAAAACUUACCAAGUGCCAGAAUUUCAAUCCAGCUGUCUACUAACCAGAAUGCUUUAGGUACUACAUCACUACGAUGUCAACCAAAUGAAGAUAAAUAUUCUAUGAAAAGCUGCAGUUCUGAUUUUGUUUUUGGAGAAAACAUGGUAGAAAGAGUUUUGGGCACUCAAAAACUCACUCAGCCUCAACUCGAAAGUGAUUUAUACAUCAAGGAAAAACCAUUCAAAUUCACUGUAAAAAUUCCUAUCAACUCUCCAAACUCAAGAACAGACACUAUUGAAAAUAUAUCCCUAAUUGAAUCAGCUACUGCUUUCUCUUUUAAACCAUCACCAAAAUGUUUGCUGGAGAAAAUUGAUGUUAUAACUGGGGAGGAGGCAGAACACAAUGUGUUAGAGAUCAACUGCAAGCUUUUUAUAUUCAACAAAACAACACAAUCCUGGACUGAAAGGGGCAGAGGAGCUUUGAGACUGAAUGACACAGCAAGCAGUGAUUGUGGAACGUUCCAGUCAAGAUUAAUUAUGCGCAAUCAAGGCAGCCUGAGGCUGAUUCUCAACAGCAAACUCUGGGCUCAGAUGCAGAUUCAAAGAGCAAAUCACAAAAAUUUACAAAUAACAGCUACCGAUUUAGAAGACUAUAACGUCAAAGUGUUUUUAAUUCAGGCCAGUGCCAAAGACACAGGAUGUAUGCAUGCAGCCAUCCAUCACCGUCUUGUUGCACUUCGAAGCUUCGACAAGCAGACAGAUGCAAAUCAAACUGAAAGCCAUUCAGAGACAGUUCUCCAACAGUUUAACUAUGAUAGCUGUGAUGAGGAUGAAGAGGAUCUCAUCCAAGCUACUAAAACUAGAUCAGAUUGUUCUAGGUGGACCCACAGACAGUCAGUUGCCUGUUCAUGA